AUGGCAUCCCUCCGCUUCCCAGGCGGGCGAGUCGCCGUCGCCAGCCCCGACAUCGCCUCGCUGCAACUCGUCAACCCGCUGCCGGCAUGGGCGCGCGUGUACGUCCUGCCGUGGCUCGUGGCAUACCCGCUGGCGUACCAUGCGUUCUACAACCGAUACGACGACUGGAUCAGGAGCAUCGAGUGGACAUUCCUCCUCUGCAUUGUUCUCUUCGGCGGACAUGCGCUCUCCUUCCUCUUCACGCGCUGGAGCAUGCAGUUCAGGGCGAGGGGAGAGGCUCGCCAUGUCGACGAUCUCGCAACGGCGCAACAGGUCAUGGUCCUCCCGAAGCUCCACCGUGGCAAGCCCGAGAUGUGCAAGAUCCACAGGACUCAGCGCCCCGGCCAGCCCGACUUGAUCUACUUCUCCUAUCAACGCGACAAGUACAUGUUCAACCACUCCACCUCGACCUUCGGCCGCGUCUCGUACCCCUGCGACGGCGCUCCCGCCCUCUCGACCUUACAGUCCUCGAAGGGCCUUACCACGACCACCGCAAUUGAGCAGGCGCGAACCGACUACGGCAAGAAUGAGUUCGACAUUCCCGUCCCGACAUUCGGAGAACUCUUCGCCGAGCACGCCGUCGCGCCGUUCUUCGUCUUCCAGCUCUUCUGCACGGCCUUGUGGUUGUUCGAUGACUACUGGUACUACAGCCUCUUCACGCUGUUCAUGCUGGUAGUCUUCGAAUGUGUCACGAUCUUUCAGCGCCUCCGCACCGUCAGCGAGUUCCGCAGCAUGUCGAUCAAGCCCUACGGCAUCAUGACUCGCCGCGAGAACAAGUGGAUCGAGGUGCAGACGGACGAGCUUCUUCCUGGCGACAUCGUUAGCAUCGUCCGCACGAAGGAAGACUCCGGCGUUCCCUGCGACCUUCUCCUCCUCCGCGGCUCCUGCAUCGUCAACGAGGCCAUGCUCUCCGGCGAGUCGACUCCACUCCUCAAGGAAUCCGUCGAGCUCCGUCCGGGAGACGACAAGCUCGACAUGGACGGCGUCGACCGCAACUCGGUUCUCUUCGGCGGCACGAAGGUCCUCCAGGCGACCGGCGUCGAUCCGAAGGACAAGAUGGCUGCUCCCGACCAUGGAUGCCUCGCCAUCGUUCUCAGGACCGGCUUCGGAACCAGUCAGGGCCAGCUCAUCCGCACCAUGAUCUUCUCGACCGAAACUGUCACGGCCAACAACCUCGAGUCGUUCCUCUUCAUCGCCUUUCUUCUCGUCUUCGCGCUCGCAGCUAGUGCUUACGUCUGGAUCAAGGGUCUUGAGCAGGAUCGCAAGCGUUCCAAGCUCCUCCUCGACUGCGUCAUCAUCAUCACCUCUGUCGUCCCGCCCGAGCUGCCUAUGGAGCUCUCGAUGGCCGUCAACGCGAGUCUCGUCGCGCUCAGCAAGUACUCCAUCUUCUGCACCGAGCCGUUCCGCAUCCCGUACGCUGGACGAGUUGACAUCUGCUGCUUCGACAAGACCGGAACGAUCACCGGCGAAGACCUCGUGGUGGAGGGCGUUGCUGGCGACGACUCGAACGACCGCAAAACUCUCGUGCCUGUCCAGGACACCAGCCUCGAAACGACUCUCACCCUCGCCUCGGCUCAUGCCCUUGUCCUCCUCGACGACGGCAUUGUUGGCGACCCGAUGGAGAAGGCGACUCUCGACUCGCUCAAGUGGAAGCUCUCAAACGGCGACAAGCUCACUCCGACUGAUGACGCGGCGCACAAGAAGGACGGCGUCUCGGUCGUUGUCCGCCGCCGCUUCCAGUUCUCCUCGCAGCUCAAGCGCAUGUCGACCAUCUCGCUUGUUCAGACCGGCCCUUCGUCUGUCCGCACACUCGUUGCGGUCAAGGGCGCCCCUGAGACGCUCAAGAGCAUGUACACGUCGGUUCCGGAGGAGUACCAGGCGACUUACAAGUGGUACGCUCAGCGCGGGUCCCGCGUUCUCGCUCUCGGCUACAAGUGGAUCGACGGCAUGAACAAGAACGAGACGACGACUAUCGCGCGCGAGAACGUCGAGUCGCAGCUCACCUUUGCCGGCUUCCUCGUCUUCCACUGCCCGCUCAAGGCCGACGCCGUCCAGACCCUCAAGGACCUUGCCGACGCCUCGCACCGCUGCGUCAUGAUCACUGGCGACAACCCUCUCACGGCCGUUCACGUUGCGCGGGAUGUCGAGAUCGUCGACCGCGAGGUCCUCAUCCUCGACCUAAAAGAGGGCGCGCAGAAUGAGUCGGAACUCACGUGGCGCUCGCCGGACGAGUCUAUCGUCAUUCCCGUCAACCCUGCCGACCCGAUCGACACCUCGCUCUUCGACAAGUACGACAUCUGCAUGACCGGCUCUGCACUCAAGCAGUACGUCGAUCGCAAGGAGUCUUGGCACCACCUCGUCCAGAACACCUGGGUCUACGCGCGUGUCUCGCCCGCGCAGAAGGAGUUCAUCCUCACGACCCUCAAGUCGCUUGGCUACGUUACGCUCAUGGCUGGCGACGGCACGAACGAUGUCGGCGCUCUCAAGCAGGCCAACAUUGGUGUCGCGCUGCUCAACGGUACGGAGGAGGACCUCAAAGCGAUCCUCGAGCACCAGAAGAAGGAGCGCGUCAAGAAAGUCUACGAACAGCAACUGCGUAUCACCUCUCGCUUCGGCCAGCCGCCUCCUCCCGUCCCGCCUCUCAUCGCCGACCUCUUCCCGGACGCGGUCAAGGCGCAGCAGGAGGCCGCCAAGAACGUGACCUCGGACAGGCAGAAGGGCAAGGUGAACAAGUUCGACGUCUCGGCCAUCACGGAGCAGCUGUCGAACCUUGAGGACGACCAGGACGUGCCGCAGAUCAAGCUCGGCGACGCCUCGGUCGCCGCGCCGUUCACCUCGAAGCUCGCCAAUGUCGCCGCCAUCAGCCACAUCAUCCGCCAGGGUCGUUGCACUCUCGUCGCGACCAUUCAGAUGUACAAGAUCCUCGCGCUCAACUGCCUCAUCUCGGCCUACGCGCUCUCGGUGCAGUACCUCCAGGGCAUCAAGUCGGGCGACUACCAGAUGACCAUCACCGGAAUCCUCUUGAGCGUCUGCUUCAUGUGCAUCUCGCGUGCGAGGCCCGUCGACAAGCUCUCGAAGGAGCGCCCUCUCGCCUCGAUCUUCAACGCCUACGUCGUCGUCUCGAUCCUCGUGCAGUUCGCCAUCCACGUCGCCUCGUUCAUCUACGUGACGAACCUGAGCGAGCAGUACGAGCCCCGUAUCGGCAAGGACAUCGACCUGGACGCCAAGUUCUCGCCCAAUCUGCUCAACUCGGCCGUCUAUCUCAUCUCGCUGAGCCAGCAGAUCUCGACCUUUGCUAUCAACUUCCAGGGACGGCCUUUCCGCGAGAACAUCUCGGAGAACUCGGCGCUGUACUACGGCCUCCUCGGUGUCGCAGCGGUCGCCUUCUCCGGCGCGACCGACUUUGUGCCCGAGUUCAACCGCUGGCUCCAGCUCGUCGACAUGGAGUGGUCGUUCCGGACUCGUCUUUGCGCGGCGAUGGCCAUCGACUACGGAGGCGCCUGGAUCGUCGACAUCGCCCUCAAGGCGCUGUGGGCGAACACUCAGCCGAAGCCGCUCAUCACGCGCGGGUCGGAGCGGCGAGAUGAGCGGCGGGAAGCGCAAAGGCGGGCGCAGGAGCUCGCGGAGGAGGCGAAAAAGACGGAGUAG